CCCAAAAUAUGUAAAGGUACAAAUUUUCAGCUUUCCAACACACAUAUAACAGAAACUAGGACCAAAACCAUUUUUAAAAAUGGCAGAUUUUUGUUGGUUGGAGGCAAACUUAAAAUAGCUAUAUCUUAGGAACCGAUUGAAAUUAGACGAUAAAAUUUUCAGGAUGUCCAUAAUUUACUAAAAUCUUUAAGUGGUUUAAAAAUCAGCAAAAUCUGAGACUUAGGGUUGCAUGCCCUGGAUGUUUUCACAUGGAAUCUCCCAUAAUUGAGCUUGCUAAAAUCUUGAAUGAUGAGACCAAGGAAACAAGUGUCUCUGAUAAUGCUGUUGUGCUUAUCGAUGACCACUAUCAACAUUAUAAAACAGAUAAAAGUGGAAUGCCAGAUUUAUGUUCUGCAUACUAUGAGGAUGAUUCUAUCAAUAAUAUUGAAUCAGCACUUGAAAAUGUGACAAAAAAUGAUUACGCUCCAUUCAUAGUAAUAUUACAGUCAAGUGGAUAUGGAAAAACCCGAUCUUUAUUGGAAUUGGCUAAUAAAAGAAAAUUAGUUUAUUUAUUGUGCCAGGAUAUUCCUGGAGGGUUUAAAACCCCAGACAUUAUUCAAGCUUUUUUAAAGCGUUGUGACCAAUGUAACUCGCAGCAAGGAGUCGAAAGAGUUUGCAGUAAACUUUUUGAAGCUAUUGACAUUGUCACAUCCCAAUAUAAAACAGCGGUGCUUCUGAAGCAAGCACAAAUUUCAAAAGAAGGUAAGUUUGGUGAGUUUUAUGACAAUAUAUUUAAAGUAUGGCAAAAAUUACAUACACCACUAACCUCACCAGUAAAAACAGAUAAAAUGUCUGAUAAUUCACAAGAUCCUUUAGUUAUAGUGUUUGAUGAGGCAAACAUUCUUUUUUCAAGAAACGGAGAUGUUCUGGAAUCUCCUUAUAGAUGUCUCCGUCGUGUGUUGUCCGCAUGUAAAAAUAAACUUGGUGUAUUUGCUGAUACAUCGUCGGAACUUGCCCGAUUUUUGCCACCUGGCGCACCGUCGGAUCGUCAAUGUGGCCUUGGAAAAUUUCUUUCUCCAGUUAUGGAUAUUUGCACCGUUGAUGUGAUUCCUGUUACGUCAGAUAUGUCUUAUUUUGUUAGUUUGUUCACUAGAGGUCGUCCCCUUUGGGCUAUGCAGUUGCGUUAUCGUGAAGAUAAUGAUCUGACGCGACUAAUCCAUUUUGCUUAUUACAAACUAUCUGGUGUUGCUAUUGGUAAAAUAAUACCAGAGAUUAGUGGCAAAAUAGCACUCUUUGGCUGUCGAUUUGGUUUAGGAGAAACUACUAAAUUAGCAUCCAAGUUAGUUUCACAAAACUUAGCUACUAUAGUUGGUAUCGAUUAUGAUCGCACACAAGUUUACUCCAAAUAUUUGUCGGAGCCUAUUCUUGCAGAGGCAUCUGCUUAUUGCACAUCAAAACAUCCUUUUAUUCUUUUAGAUACAUUAGAUGCUGUCUGCAGUUCCCUAGAUAGUCAAAUUAUAAGUCCGGCAAAAGGGGACCGAGGCGAAAUGGCUGCAGCCGCUGCGUUAGCAUUUGUAGCUGAUAGCUUACGUUUUAAAUGUGUUUUGAAUAAUUAUAAUGCUUCUGAAACGAAUAUGUCAAAAAAUAUACCUGCAAAAGAUUUUUUAAAAGCAGUCUGUCCACACCUGACAAGCUGUGAGCCACUUGAAAAUUUUUGUGUCAAUUUUACACAUUUUUAUAGAUUACCUAUUACCCCUGAUGGAAAUAUAUUGCCUCAUCUAUGGAACAGACACGUUGCCGCAUAUUUACCGGCUGGAGAAGAAGGCAUUGAUAUGCUUAUCGUAAUGAAGUCAGAUAAAAUGUUUUCAACUAUACGAAUACAAAUAAAAAACCUAAAAGAAAAAAUAUCAGAACAAUGCUGUAAAAAUUUUUUAUUGAAACUUGCACCGAUGCGCUGUGCGCCAAAAAUUCCUGAAAAUUUUUCCGUUGCGUUAUUAUUAGCUGUAGGUGCUGGAAAAAUAGAGCCAUCUUGUAAACACUCGCCAUGCUUUAAAUCGAAAAGAUCACUAGAUGGCCAACAAGCAACUCAACUUUGGCUAGCAUCAUCUCUUAUAUAUUUGGACAUUGAUAAGUCUGUGAAAGAAAGACUUGCAGCUCUUGCUGGAAAACCUCUUUCCUCCAGGAUAAUGGUUGGUUUAAAGUUAAGAGAGGGAAACUUUGCGGCGUUAUUUGAAAAUAUGUAAAAUUUAUAAAUAAAAGUUCUAUAAAGGUUUUAAAAUUUAAGCUAAGUUAUUUAGUGGUUUUAAAGUGUUGUCAAAAUAUUAGUUUGCAUUAAGAAUAAACAAACAAACAAAAAAAUGUAAUAUAAGUUCUAUUUA